CAGUCAGACUCAUCGCAUACACCUAACAAAUACCGAAAAUGUUAGACUAAGUUGAACUGACGCAGCACAACCGUCGGUGCGCCAUUGGGUAACGAUAACAGCUUAUUAACCACGAUUAGGAAGCGGAACCGUGGUUAAAAUAGGCCACGACAGAUUACGUAGAUUAGGAGAGAGAAAGGUCUAAUUUUCUUUAUUUUUUAUUGUUUUCGUAGAGGUGUUUGUUUUUAAAGCUAACAGACAUGCUCUGCGACUGCUAUGUUCUUGCCUCCUCUCGUCUUUUACCUUCUUUUGGUGUUGAGAAAGUCAGAGAUACAGAGUGAGAGAGAGAGAGAAGUGGUGGAUUUGCGAAGAGUUUGUAUGGUUUUAGAGAGAGAGAGGGGGGGGGUAAUGAUUGCUUUUGCAGUUCAACUGAAGUUCACAGACGAGAAUCAUCGCAGAGAAAAUUUGUUUGGUUUUGAGCUGAAGUAGAAAUAUUAUUCGAAGCGUUUAUGAAUUGGUUGAAGAUUGCAGAGAUUUGUUGAUUUUGCUGAAAUUUCAUUGGCGGGAGAUUCGAGGUACAGUUUAAUUUCUAUGCCAAAUUGAGUAGUAUACGAAUGAUAGGUUGAGAUAUGUUUCGGUAGAGAAUCUCAGAAAAGUAACAAAUUCAAAAGAGAUUACAAACAAAAACCAUAAAGCAAUUCAACAAAGCUGUAUUUGUUUAGAUUAUAUCAAUGCAAAAGAGUUAGCUGAUUAAUAGAUGCUUUGAAGAGUCCGGUGAAAAUUUUGUUGUAAUCGUCGAGAAAUGGCUUGUAAUCCGUCGGAAAUGCAAGAGCCGAGCAUCGACACAGAUAAGCUCAGCUACGAGAUAUUCUCGAUUCUCGAGAGCAAAUUCCUGUUUGGCUACGAUGAUCAGAAGCUGUGGAUCCCCAAACAGAUUUCUCCGGCGAUGGAAGCGAAGUCGGAAGUCUCGACUCCACCGACGGUGGAGAACGGAGUUCAGGCAAUCAAGAAUCAGAGAGGCAAAAUCUGCAUACUCAGCAUCGACGGUGGUGGAAUGCGAAGCAUCCUAUCAGGAAAAGCCCUAGCCUACCUGGAACACGCUCUCAAAACGAAAUCCGGCAAUUCUGACGCCAGAAUCGCCGAUUACUUCGACGUCGCCGCCGGUUCCGGCGUCGGAGGCAUCUUCACGUCGAUGCUGUUCGCCACCAAAGACCACAACCGUCCGAUUCUCCACGCGGAGGACACCUGGAAGUUCCUCGCCGAGCAAGGGAAGCGAUUCUACCGUGCUUCCUCCGGUUCAGGCUCUUCCGGUGGCAGCUUUUUCCGGCGGAUUUUCCGAGGCUCCGGCAGCUCCAAGGCCUCGGCGACGACGACCGGUUUAGAGAAAGUCAUGAAAGAAGCCUUUUCAGAGAACGGUCGAAGCUUGACGUUGAAAGACACAUUGAAGCCGGUUUUGAUACCGUGCUACGACCUCUCCAGUUCGGCGCCGUUUCUAUUCUCCCGAGCCGACGCGUUGGAGACCGAUAGCUUCGACUUCCGGCUCUGGGAGGUUUGCCGCGCGACGUCAGCCGAGCCGGCGUUGUUCGAGCCGGUCUGCAUGAAGUCGCUCGACGGUCAGACCCGGUGCGUGGCGGUUGACGGCGGACUCGCCAUGAGCAACCCCACGGCGGCGGCGAUCACGCACGUGCUCCACAACAAGCAAGAAUUCCCGUUCGUGCGUGGCGUGGAGGACAUUUUGGUCCUUUCACUUGGAACCGGUCAGCUCCUUGAAGGAAGCUACGACUACGACCAGGUCAAAGGAUGGAAGGCCAAGGACUGGGCUCGACCCAUGGCUCGCAUCUCCGGCGAUGGUUCCGCUGAUUUGGUGGACCACGCUGUCGCCAUGGCCUUUGGUCAGAGUCGUAGCAGUAACUACGUCCGUAUCCAGGCAAAUGGAUCUAGCUUGGGUCGUUGCGGUGCAAAUGUAGAUUCUGACCCUAGUGCCAACAAUGUAAAGAUGCUCAUAGGAAUAUCCGAGGAAAUGCUGAAACAGAAGAAUGUUGAAUCCGUGUUAUUUGGGGGUAAAAGGAUAGCUGAACAAAGCAAUUUCGAGAAACUCGACUGGUUUGCCGGAGAGCUCGUGUUGGAGCAUCAGAGGAGGAGUUGUAGAAUAGCUCCCACUGUUGCAUUCAAGCAAGCUACCCCAAAAUCCUCCUAGACAAUCUAAACAAAAUUUAAAAAAAGGAAAAGAAAAUUGAUUAUGUUCAAAAAAAAAAAAAAAAAAGGAUGGAGCAGCUUUUACUUUUUAAAGAGGAGUAGGUCAGGGAAUUGAGUGAAAAGGACACUCAACUGUAAAAACAAGUGUGGAUGAUCUUAAGUGGGAUUCUUUGCCUGCCAGAGGACAAGCAUUGUGGUGGCCUACUUUUUAUACCACACCAAAUGACCAAAAAUGAAAAAGUAUUGAGUGUGAUCUUUGUUUCGAGGUCAAAGCAUAUGAAUCACAUUUGAAUCCUAGGGGUGGGAAAAUUUGUUUUCUUAUUUCUUCCCUUACCCAUACUUUUAUUUUUGUCCCCUUCAUUUUCUUUUCCAAAAAAUUUUCUCUCAUUUUCUUGUCUUCAAGAAAUCUGUGUUCGAGUGGGGGUGGCUGCCUUGUGAAGAAGCCCUAGAAACAUAGCACAAGAUCUUUGCUUGAUAUUUUGUAAUUUUCAUUUCUUAUAUUUCCUUCAAUAUGGUUUAUAGCGGUGGGGUAGAGAUUUGAGUGGUGGGUUAUCUUUUCCAAGCAACCAGCCAUAUGUCCUGAAAAUGGGAUUGAUAGGGGCCAAAAUGGGGACUUGGGGUUGGACCCUUUGAUAUAAGAGAAAAGGAUUUUUUUUUUAUUUUGUUUCUUGAAAUUUUAUUAUAAUAUAGGAUGGGGGUCCUUUGUUUGCAUUUUACUUUCGAAGUGUUCAUGUUCCUAUGAUUGUUUGGUUGGCAUGAAAAUCUAAAUCCUUUUCUUUUUUUGUAUCAACUUUUGUAUGUGAUGGGUGACUGUUGUAUUUGUUGAGUUA